CUGUAAACAGUCAGCGGAUCGUGAGUCUCCAUUUUCAACAACAGAGGCUGGUCAAAAUAGGAGAGCAGCGACAUGGGGUCUGUCCUCGGACUCUGUUCCAUGGCAAGCUGGAUUCCUUGCCUGUGUGGCAGUGCGCCCUGCCUGCUGUGCCGAUGCUGUCCUAGUGGAAACAACUCCACGGUCACUCGGCUCAUCUAUGCCUUCUUCCUCCUGCUGGGGGUCGGCGUGGCCUGUAUAAUGCUGAUGCCCGGGAUGGAAGGACAGUUAAAGAAGAUUCCUGGAUUUUGCGAAGGAGGCAUGGGGACAUCCCUUCCGGGCGUUCACGGUCACGUGAACUGUGAUGUGCUCGUCGGCUACAAGGCGGUCUAUAGGGUGUGUUUCGGCAUGGCCAUGUUCUUCCUGCUCUUCUCUCUGCUGAUGAUCAAGGUGAAGAGCAGUCAAGAUCCGCGCGCCGCCGUCCAUAACGGGUUCUGGUUCUUUAAGUUUGCAGCUGCUACAGCCAUCACUGUUGGUGCCUUUUUCAUUCCUGAAGGACCCUUUACUACUGUGUGGUUUUAUGUUGGAAUGGCUGGAGCUUUCUGCUUCAUCCUGAUCCAGCUGGUCCUGCUCAUUGACUUUGCCCACUCCUGGAAUGAGUCGUGGGUAGAAAAGAUGGAGGAGGGGAACUCCAGGUGCUGGUAUGCGGCUCUUCUUUCAGCUACAACUCUGAACUACAUUCUUUCUCUGGUUUCCUUGAUCCUGUUCUACGUCUACUACACCCACUCUGAUGGGUGUACCGAGAACAAAGCCUUCAUCAGUGUGAACAUGCUGCUUUGCCUUGGUGCCUCUGUGAUGUCUAUCCUUCCCAAAAUUCAGGAAUCCCAGCCCAGAUCUGGUCUGCUGCAGUCUUCUAUUGUCACUCUUUACACGAUGUACUUGACUUGGUCGGCCAUGACCAAUGAGCCAGACAGAAGGUGCAAUCCUAGCUUGCUAAGUAUAAUUGGCUACAACAGCACUGGACCUGCAAGCCAGGGUCAGGUGGUUCAGUGGUGGGAUGCUCAGGGAAUUGUUGGACUCAUACUCUUCCUCCUGUGUGUUCUUUAUUCUAGCAUUCGGAACUCGUCAAACAGCCAGGUGAACAGGCUCACUCUGACCAGCGACGAGUCGGCCCUCAUAGAGGAAGCGGGCAGCCGCGCCGAGAGCUUCGAGGAAGGAGAGGGCGUGCACCGGGCAGUGGACAACGAGCAAGACGGGGUCACCUACAGCUACUCCUUCUUCCAUUUCAUGCUUUUCUUGGCUUCUCUUUACAUCAUGAUGACUCUUACCAACUGGUAUAGUCCUGAUGCAACCUAUGAAAAAAUGACAAGCAAGUGGCCAUCAGUGUGGGUGAAGAUCUCGUCGAGCUGGAUCUGCAUUGCCCUCUACGUUUGGACUCUGGUCGCACCGCUGGUUCUCACAAACCGCGAUUUUGAUUGAGCACGAAGUACUGAAGGCCUAAUGUAUUAAUCACGCUGAUGCAGUCUUGUGACUAAGGGAAGUCACGCAUCUCAACGUGAAUUGUAAAUACGUUUGUCCCUGUGGUUUAUGCUGUUUCGCUGCAUGCAAGAAUAGCUAUGAGUCCCACGUGUAGCAUUUUACGACAGUUAGCAUUUAGUGUUUAGCGACUGAACAUACCAUGGAGGAGUUUCAGAAAGAAAAGAGGAAGGUGUUUGCAGAUAUGCAGUAGUAAAUGGAAGGGUCUUGUGAUUCAGAAAUGUGAUUUGAGUCCUUUCAGAGGAUAAGGCACAGGGACAGUGGACUGCUUCCUGGUUAUUACGCAAUGGAACUGAAAAGAGGAAGAAUAACCCCCAGCCAGGUACAAAAUAAAGGAUUUGAAAUGCAUUUUGUAAACAGAAUGAGCUGUGGCUGCUAUUGACAACUUGCUUAUUGUCAUGUUACCUUUCUCAAUAUCUAAAUGUUUUCUCAUGCAUUUGUUCCCAAUGCAAUUUUGCUGAAGACAUAAGGAAUUAGAAAAGUGUGUGUAGUUCCACUUUUUGUUUAAAGCUUGUAUGUCCAGGUAAAGAUAACCUUGCAAUUUUAAUAGUUGCAUGCUGCUUUGACUUUUCCACUAGUAACUAACUUCUUUGAAGUUUGAUUUUCACGUGUGUAUUUCUGACAUGAUCAUGUUUGUUUUAUUUGUAAAACAUUGAAUUUACUUUCAAUAAUACAUUAGAAAUGUGAAUAUAUUUUGUUAAAUAAGGUGUCUGAGGCAUGACCUGUUGUAGCCUGUCUCACAGGUUUCAAAAUGGUCCUAAAGUACUGACAGAUUAUAAUUUUUCUUCCAUAUAACAUUUUGUUGUGUAAACUAGACUAUAAAACAUGUUGCAGUGAGUGUAGGGAGUUAUUGAAAUAUUUUUACUUUGUGUUAAGUGUCAAUUAGUGCUUUGCUGACAGGUACCUGUAAAAGCUAUAAUUUUGAGAAAGCAGGUGAGAGGCGCAUUGUGAAUCUUGUGGUCGCACUUUAUGAGAAAGAAUGGAUGUUGCUUCUUGCCUUUCUUUUACAUGUAAGUGUAUUGUAACAUUUUGUGAUUAAAUUCCUUUUAAGGCAAA